AUGACUACAGAGGAGGUAGAAGGUAGCGCACAGGUGGGGGAAUUGCACGCCCUCCUGCUGGCAGCAGAGAAUGGCGCCACUGUAAUUUACACUGAUUCCUACGCAACCUAUAAGGGUGCCACAGAGUGGAUAUGCCAGUGGGAAUCCAAUCAGUGGAAAGUGGGCUGUACAAAAGUCUGGAGAACCAGACACUGGCAACGAUUGUUAGAAAUAGGCAGAUCACGACCCCUAAAGGUGGGAUGGGUAAAGGGCCAUGCAAGAAAUGGGACCCCCACCGCAAAAUGGAACCAACAGGUAGAUCACCUAGCCCAAAUUAAGGUAGUUGAUAGUGACAAGAAAGACUGGGGGUGGUUGGCUGAGUAG